AUGAACGAUAUGGAUUUUUUGUCCUCUGUGAUGCCGAAUCCGCCCAUGGACAGUACUAUUCCAAACGGAGCUACAUGUCGGAUCUGCAGAGGGGAACAUACCGAUGAGACUCCACUUUUCCAUCCGUGCAAGUGUCGUGGUUCCAUCAAGUACAUUCAUGAAGGCUGUUUAAUGGAAUGGGUGGCAUCUAAAAAUGUGGAUCUGACACGGCCUGGGUCAGAAAUUAAGUGCGACAUCUGUCACCACCGAAUUCAAUUAACAACAGUUUACGACGACAAUACACCCGAUAGAGUGCCACUGGCUCUUAUACUUCGCACAACAUUUAGUGUAGUACUCAGAAAAGCCCAGUACACCUUAUGCAUCGCCGUGGCAGCUUCUUUGCUGAUCGUUGGAAUACCUCUGGUUUGGAACAUUUUGGGCAAGUUUAUUGCAAUGCUGCUGUUUAAAGGUACGUUAACGGUUUCAGGUCAUUUUUGGAAAAGUGUGCUCUUUGGAUUUGAGAGCACUGUACCUGAAAAGGCUACCAAACUUGACGUAACUCUACAGCUUUUGAAGAAUUAUCGGUUUUCGGUCUCGCAAAUUGUGCUCGUAGCCGUAAUACACAUCGCACUAUACUUCCAAUACGACAUGGUAGUACGAGAGGCUAUAUUCAACAAGAUGGUAUACCAUAAAAUCGGGCCACGUUACAGCAAAGAAGAGCUCAUGACCGAGAAGUUGAAGCAACAGUUUCCCAGCAUGGAUGAAAACACCAUUCACCAUAUUGUACAAUUGAUGAGAGCUAGAGAAAGACCGGAUGUUGAUCAGGAGGCACCUGUGGUGGAUGCAAACGCUGCAGAAGGGCAUCGUGGUGAUAACGAGGACGCACAUGAACCUAGACAUGGUAGGCGAAACACCGACGAUGACGGCAGCAGCAGCAGCAACAACAACAACAACAACGGCAGCAACAACAACAAUAACAAUAACACAAACUAUAACGACAACUUUGACAAUGACAACGACGACCAUAAUAACGAAACUAGCCUUAACAAUGCUAAUCCACUGAAUGCCGGCGGUGCUCUUUUCCGUCAUGGUGCCAAUGCACGGACAACACGCAGUGGCGUCCAACCUUUGAGCAAUGAGUUGCCACCUGCAUAUGAUGCCAUCGGGGAUAACAGCAAUGGUCUUGAGAGCUUUAACGGCAGAGAAAACCGCAAUAGUGAAGAAGACGACGAAGAUCAAGAUUAUGAUCCUAACGAUACAUCAUUAUCGCAGAGUUCAAACUCCUCAGUGGGCUCUAGUAAUCAUGAUAUCAAUGACGAAGAGCGUGACCUGCUGAUGGAGGACGCCGAUCCCGUGGGUAUUUUUAGGCAUCGUCGUGCCGUAAACGAGCUGGAUGAUAUUCUGCAAGCUCAACAAGAGAAUGCACCAGGAGGGCAAGCAGAUGAGUUUGUCUUUAUGGACGUACCCAACGAUGCUGCUGGCGCCGUUGAUCAAGCCGAUAUGAAUGAUGUAUUGAACCAGCAAGAUGGCCCUGCAGUCUUAGGUCUGCAUCUCAGGUUCAUGAAUAUGCCAUUUUACUUCCUUGCAGCCAUUGUCUUCUUGGCCCUGUAUCUAUACCUGGCGUACGCUAUCCCAACUUUCGUUGGCAAUCUUCUUCUUCAAGCAUACGGAUCAGCAAUCUCAUACACGAUACGUGGUAUUUUCAAAUUGGCAAGUAUUAUUAAAUUACCUCUGCUUUUCUCUGAGAUAGCAAGAGUAUUUCCCUCCUCUGCUACCUUCUUCUCAUCAUCGAUGUCUCAAGCUUUCGAUUAUUGUGCUUACUUGCAUUCAAACUAUCUCGACUUUCAGAAUAAGGCUUCCACAGUGGCACAAUCUGUGCCUGCACUCACCACAUAUUGUACUUUUCUUGGUUUAAUUUCUGCGAGUACAAGCUUCAUCUGCAAAGGGUUUGGGGUCAAAAAUGGUAUGAAGAAUCCAAGCAUGAGGUUUGUUUUUCAGUUGUUUUUUGCUAUCAGAUGCUCCCUCAAGGUUUUCCUGUUAUUUGCCGUGGAGUUGGUCGGCUUUCCCGUUUUGGCGGGCUUGAUGAUUGACUUCUCUCUCAUAAGUCCAUGUCUUCAAGCACACAAGCACCUUCUUUGCGUGGGAACACUCGACAUCUGGGCUCCAACUAUUUGGGUUCUUUACUGGGGUAUUGGAACGUCUUAUAUGUUUUGGUUUGCCAAGUACGUCGGAAUGAUUAGAAAUUUCAUCAUUAGGCCAGGCGUUCUAUUCUUCAUAAGAUCUUCAGAUGAUCCGAAUAUUAGGAUUCUUCAUGAUAGUCUUAUUCAUCCCAUGAGGAUACAAUUUUCAAGAUUAGUACUGUCUAUGGCUAUCUAUGCCAUGUUUAUUGUCGUUGGGUUUGGCUUUCACACAAGAGUUUUAUUUCCAGUAAUACUCAAGUCCAAAUUAUUACCUUUUGCUGAUGAGGAUAGCUUUUUCUUCUGCUUGAUCGGACUUUUGAUGCUGAAUUCAAAUCUUCUGAUGGACUUCAACAAGACCUUCAGAGUUUAUGUGAGACAAUACUGGACCAAGGUUUUUGACAUUUCAUGUGAAAAGCUUCGCUUGUCUUCCUUCAUGCUGGAUAAAGACAUACCAACUGAAAGAGGUUACGUGAUAUAUCGCAAUAUCUUCUAUAAAUUGCUGCUUUCCAAGAAGGCAAAAUGGUCUAAUCCGGAGCUGUACGUGGAUCCGAAAACGCCAAAGCAAGCUGAAGAGCUUUUCAAAGUACAAAGGGAUGUGCAUGCCUACUUCAUACCUAAUGGGGUCUUAAUGAGGGUACCAGCAAACGACAUCAUCUCUCGUAACUAUGUACAAACGCUGUUUGUACCAAUUACAAAGGACAACAAACUCUUGAAGCCGCUCGACGUUGAGGCUAUCAAAGAGCGAAACAGAGAAAGUGUUGGUGAAUUCAGUCAUUUGGAUGACCAGAGCACAGAAUUUGAUGCAUAUACUAGGGUGUACACGCCUCCCAAUUUCCGCUUGAGGUAUUCCACGUUGAUUGUCUUAAUCUGGUUGUUCGCCUCUCUUUUAAGCAUAUCCUUGGUUUUGAUGUUCAAUUUCGUCGGCAGGAUAACUUUGCUGGGCAUAUUGAGUCCUCUCCUCAAGCUAGACUUUGCGCAAAGUCUAUUCGGUAUGUACCAAAAUCUUACCGCAAUUGGGCUAUUUCCAAUGGUGGUAGGAGCUUCGGUGUCUAUGAUCGGGCUCGAGGUUUACCAGGAACUGUUGAUAGCAAGAUUUAUUCAUGGCGAACAUGUUGUCGAUCCUCAAGAAGACGAAGACGCUCCAGAGCGUGACAUUGAUGAAGCUGGUAUACUUCCUGCUAGGAAUGUAGCCAACGACCAAGCUGCUCGCCCGGAACCUUUGUGGGAGAGGUUUGUGUGGCAGCAGAAGAAUGUUCUGUCAUGUUUGAUUGGAGCCGUCGGUGCUACUAAAUUUAUUUUUGUGCUAGACUACAAUUACUCGACGGUGGCAAUGUUUUUUAAGCUAAUGUUUUCUCAUGGUGAUCCUAUAGAAACUCGUCAUCGUCUCUUUCUUGCUGCUACGACCAACGACACCGUUUCGGCUUUUACACAAUGGGAAUCGAAAGAAAUGCUCAUCUUCGCCUCUUGGUUUCUUCUCAGCCUCUUCAUGGAUCAGAAAUGCUUUUUCUCUUCUUUAAUUCGUGAAAGGCAGGAUGAUACCGUUCGACAGUUAAAACUUCAACUAAAAGGUCUAGUCAAAGAGUGUUUGACUACUGCAGGUCUCAUUUUACCAUUGCAAUUGAUGGUUUGCAUUUUUGAGUACGCAUUCAAUGGCUCACGGUAUGAUUCUAUCUACGCAGUCUUCUCUUUUCUAAUGAAUUCCAGAGGCCUGGUACCUGAAUCAGACGUGCCUUGGACUAUACUUCAGAGACUAUUUUAUAUCGUCUCACCCGUGGUGUGCGGUAAAUACUACCUCACAGGUCUUUUCCAAAACCUUUACGCUUUUAUGCAAAAGUCAGCCGCCAUCACUAAAGAGGAGAUAUAUGGUAGAGGUAGAACUCUGACAAAUUUGUUCGACGAAAACGAAUUAUAG